GCCUCUGCAACUCCACUGCCAUGGGCCGCUUCCAAACUCCUUAGCAUGAAACUAAGCCCUCCUUGUUGAAAGAUCAAUGAAGUUCCCUAGUCCUUCCCUCGUCCGAAACCAUAAUUUCUGGAAAAGAGUGAGAAAUCUCUGCUACUCGUCCAGCAGGAGAUCCACUGGAGACGACGAGGAGGAAGAAGGGUUUGUAAGUAUUCUGAGAAACAUUGUAGUGGGGAGGGAUAGCUGGAAAAUCUCUUUCAACAACAGUUUCAUCUCAAAGAGGUUAAUGCCUCGCCAUGUCGAAAAGGUUUUGAUGCAAACCAUCGAUGAUGCGAAGUUAGCCCUUAGGUUCUUCAAUUUCCUCGGCCUCCACAAAAAUUUCCAUCACUCCACGCUCUCUUUUUGUAUCGUAAUUCAUGCUUUGGUUCACUCUGAUCUUUAUUGGCCUGCGUCUUCGGUUAUGCAAACUCUUUUGCUUCGUCACCUGACUCCUAUGGAUGUUUUCGAAUCCUUGAUGAAUGCUUACGAACAAUGCCGGUUUUCUUCGAGUCUUGGGUUUGAUAUAUUGGUUCAAGAAUAUGUCCAGAACAAAAGAAUUCUGGAUGCUGUUACAGUCGUUAAGCUUAUGAGGCAGCACAGAUUGCUGCCUGAGGUUAGAACUUUCAGCGCAGUAUUGAAUGGGUUAGCUAGAAUUAGGCGUUUUGAUAUCGUUCUGGAUAUAUUUGGUGAGAUCUUAAGGUUUGGUGUUCGUCCGGAUUUUUAUGUUUACACGGCGGUGGUUCGUAGCUUUUGUGAAUUGAAGGAUUUUUCUGGGGCUAGGAAUGUAAUUCAUCACAUGGAAUCCGAUGGGAGUAAUUUGAGCACCGUGACCUAUAAUGUCUUGAUCCAUGGUCUCUGCAAGAAGCAGAAAGUAUGGGAGGCUGUUGAGGUGAAGAAUUCGUUGAGGCACAAAGGAUUGCAAGCUGACAUUGUGACGUACUGUACCCUAAUUCUUGGCCUUUGCAAGGUGGAAGAAAUUGGAGUGGCUUCGGCAAUGAUGGAUGAAUUGCUCGAAUUAGGACUUGUGCCCAGUGAAGCUGCUUGCUCCUGCCUGGUUGAUGCGUUGAGGAGAAAGGGGAAUAUUGCAGAGGCUUUUGCUCUGGUUGAGAAGCUGGGAAAGAUGGGAAUAAUACCCAAUUUGUUUGCCUACAAUGCCUUGAUUAACUCUUUAUGCAAAGAUGGGAAGGUGGAUGAAGCAGAGUCACUUUUUACCAAGACGGGAGAGAAUGGUCUGUUUCCCAAUGAUGUUACUUACUCGAUCAUGAUUGAUUCUUUCUGCAAAAGAGGGAAACUGGAUGCUGCACUCUGUCUGAUUGAUAGAAUGGCGAAGACAGGGAUACAAGCAACUGUAUAUCCCUACAAUUCUCUGAUUGGUGAAUACUGUAAGUUGGGAGAUUUGAAGAAGGCAGGGUAUGUGUUUGAUGAAAUGAUUAGCAAGGGAUUGCCACCAACUGUUGUGACUUACACAUCAUUGAUAAGUGGGCAUUGCAGGAAAGGUUGUCUACAUGAAGCUUUUAAGCUUUACCAUGAAAUGUCUGAGAGAGGUAUCUCACCAAACACUUAUACGUUCACUGCACUCAUUAGUGGUCUUUGCCAAGCAAACUUGAUGGUCGAAGCGAAUAUGUUGUUCUUUGAAAUGUUGGAACAGAAUGUAAUCCCUAAUGAAGUAACUUACAAUGUCUUGAUUGAUGGACACUGCAAGGAUGGCGAUACAGUAAGAGCCUUUGAACUUCUUGAUGAGAUGGUUACGAAGGGUCUAACACCUGAUACAUACACCUAUAGGCCUCUGAUAAGUGGUCUUUGUUUGACAGGCAGAGUGUCUGAAGCCAAAGAAUUUGUCGAUGACCUCCAAAGAGAAAACUCUAGACUUAAUGUGAUAUGUUAUAGUCCACUUUUACAGGGAUAUUGUGAACAAGGAAGGAUACAGGAUGCCUUUGAUGCUUGUAAAAGGAUGGUGGAAGCAGGAAUUGACAUGGAUCUAGUUUGCUAUGGUGUGCUUAUUCAUGGUGUUCUGAAACAGCAUGAUAUGGCAAGAUUAUCUGGGCUACUUAGUGAAAUCUGCGAUCAAGGUUUGAGGCCUGAUGAGGUAAUUUAUACAAGCAUGGUAGAUGCGUAUUGCAAACAAGGAAACCUUACAAAGGCGCUUGGGCUUUGGGAUAAGAUGGCUGGUGAAGGGUGCCUUCCAAAUGUUGUAACAUACACGAUCCUGAUAAAUGGAUUGUGUAAAGCAGGGUUUGUGGACAAAGCUGAGCUGCUUUGUAAGGAAAUGCUAGCUAGGAACUUGCUUCCAAAUCAAAUCACUUAUGGUUGUUUCCUUGACUGCCUCACAAAGGAGGGAGAAAUGGAGAAAGCUGUGCAGCUACAUAAAGCAUUAGUUGAAGGGUUUUUAGCUAACACUGUAACUUAUAAUAUACUUAUUCGAGGUUUCUGCAAAUUAGGUAGAACUCAGGAUGCUGCUGAGCUCCUUAUUGAAAUGGUAGGCAAUGGUAUUUCUUCAGAUUGUAUUAGUUACUCAACAAUUAUUUAUGAGUGCUGCAGAAGGGGUGAUUUGCAGGAAGCUUUAGAGCUGUGGAAUUCAAUGCUGAAUAAGGGGUUGAAGCCAGAUACUUUGGCAUAUAAUUUUUUGAUAUAUGGGUUCUGUGUUAAUGGAGAAUUAACUAGGGCUUUUGAAUUACGUGAUGACAUGUUGAGAAGGCAAGUGAAACCAAAUUGGGUAACAUACAAUGCUCUCAUUCAUGGAACCUGCUUGAUGAGUUCUUUCUCAUUCAUCAAACGUCAGUGAUGUUUGGAAAGCCAGAAAUAGCAUUUCCAUUUCAUAACAAGAAGCAAAAAUGGAUGGGAUCUUUUCCAAACUUAAAAUUGCUGAAGAUCAUAGUUAUAGUGGUGGGUAUGCCACUUGAACCCAGAGCUAGCUGGUUCUCCCUGAAAUGCGUUGAGGCGCAGCAGUUGAUUGGACAUCUAUGUUGUGAAUCAUGUUUCGAUGGGUAGGCAGUGAUUUGGACCAGGUCCACCAUCACCUUACGUCACAGACUCACAGUUACUUCAGUAUCAGCGGUAACCAUUUUUAUUGGCUUCUGAUGGGCCCAUGGUGCACCAGGGAUGGAUGUGCAUGAUGACUGUAAGUUAAAGUUUUGGGAAUUGAAGACCAGAAGAACUUAUCGUCUUCAUAGUUUUCAAGAUAAGAGGAGAAGCAAAAACAAUUUUGAAGGAAAAGCUUUGGGAGCCCACUGGAAGUUACUGGAUUUCAAAUGAAAGCCAUUACUGCUAUGGAGUGCCAAUAUGUAGUCUAUGAUUUGACUUCAUGAGGGAAGAGAACUGCCAGAAGAACAGGAUUUUCUUGAUCAUCUGGUCUCUUGAUACUUCAAGGGUGAGAGAAAAAUGAUUUAUGCCAGUUCCAGGGACAAAUUCAAGAGAGAGCUGGAGCUGAUUCUAACUAAGAUGGCUUUGAUGUUAUUUGUAGCCACAGCAGCUAAGUAUGCAUAGUAGGCUUCACAAUGGAGAUUUUCUCCAUAUUGUCUGCUUUGCUCAAGUGACAUGUUUAUGGUUUGUAAGGCAGUGGAUUUUUAUAUUUGUGAUAUGUACUUGUUUUUCAAGAUUCAGUGUACAAUCCAUGUCUUUUUCUACAACAAAAUCAAUGAUAUUGAGUAU